CUCCCCCCUCCUCCAGCACCACCUUUUUUCCUCUCAUGCAAUACCAAAACUGACCCUGCCUGGCAGAGGGACUCUGCUCGGCGAGCAGGCACACGGAGCCGCCGGCUCUGCCCCUCCGGCCCCCGCAGCCCACCGGGGCCGGGGAGCGGCCGCCGCCCGGGGGCUGCCCGGGGGUGCCCGGGGGCUGCCCGCUGGUCCCGGGGCCGCGGGGAGGCGGCGAGGGAGAGCUGCCCCCCCCCCAGGGGCAUUUCCCGGAGCCGAGCGGGGCCGGGGAGCCGGCUGGAAAUGGAAGGAUGAAGUGUGCGGCCGGAGCGGUGAUGUUCGUCCUCUCCUUGCUCUCCCCUGCAGGAACGUAAUCCGCAAUGCUAGUUCUCAGGUUGCUCAAUGUUGUUGCUCCAGCCUACUUCUUGUGCAUCUCCCUAGUGACCUUCGUCCUCCAGAUCUUUCUCUUCAUCCCCAGCAUGUUCAGAGACCCUUCCACCACCCCACUUUUCUCUCCUGCUCUGCUGCAUGGGGCCCUCUUCCUCUUCCUCUCAGCUAAUGCCCUGGGCAACUACGUCCUGGUGAUCCAGAGCUCCCCCGAGGACUCGGGCAAGGGCUUAAACUUGGGCGAAGGAGCCGAAGUGGUGGCGGACUGGCUGGCUGGAAGCAGGUCCCCUGGCUCAGCCCUGCCCAGCACUCACUUCUGUAGACUGUGUGCCAGAGUCACCCAGAGGCAUGACCACCACUGUUUCUUCACAGGGAACUGCAUCGGGAGCAGGAACAUGCGGAACUUCAUCAUGUUCUGCCUCUACACCUCCCUGGCUUGCCUCGACUCCCUGGUGGCAGGCAUGGCUUACAUUUCUGCGGCACUCUCCAUGUCCUUCGCAAGCCCGCUGGCCUUCCUCACCCUUCUGCCUCACUCCAUCAGCCAGUUCUUCUCAGGCGCUCUCCUCAGCUCUGAGAUGUUUGUCAUCCUCAUGCUCUACCUCUGGCUCGGGAUCGGACUGGCCUGUGCCGGCUUCUGCUGCCACCAGAUGCUGCUGAUCUUACGGGGGCAGACGCGGUACCAGGUGCGGAAAGGGGUGGUGGUGAGAGCCCGGCCCUGGAGGGAGAACCUGCGGGAGGUCUUCGGCAAGAGGUGGCUGCUAGGACUUCUCAUCCCCGUGCUGAAUGUGGGAAGCGACUACCGUAGGCAGAAAGGGAAAUAACCCUGCAUGCACGCACCCCAUGUGGGUGACACCUCCCCUGCUCUCCCCCUGCCUGCGGGAUCCCCAAGGAGCUGGGCCACCCCAUCCCUCGGCACUGCGGCCUCCGUGGGAGGAAGGGGCUGGCAAUCAGGCAGAAUCAGCUCAGCGUAUUAACACAGAGAUCACAAACCACGUAGAUGAAGAGAUACCGCAGCUUAGUAGCCCCAUCACUGCACCUGCGAACGUGGCAACAGGCUUUGAACUCGCAGAGAAGCCGGCCAGGCCCCCCCACGGCUCCCCAGCCCCCUCAGCCACCAUGUGUGCCCCCCGACAGGCCGUAAGGGAGCUUUCAGAGGGCCUGGGCUGCUGUGGGAGCUGCACAAACAGCCUCUGCUCCUCGGGACGGGCUUGCAGGGUGCCUUCGGCUCUGCCAAACUUGAGGUAACUUCCCAGCACUGAGAGGCCUUUCCUGACAGAGCUGCGGUGCGGUCGAGCCACCACAGGAGCAGGUGAGGCACCAGGCUAUGGCAGCGUGAAAACCUUCUCCCCACAGGCUAGGAAAGCAGGAGGAAAAUAGAGAGAAAUCCAGCAUUUCUCCACUUCUGCCUUGACCUGCUCCCUGCACAGCCCGUGCCAGGACUGCAGCUCUGCUGCCUGCUGUCAGCACUCCCGUGCCUGGGGACGCGGCCCAGGCCAGGCUGCCCUCCUGGCAGGGAGCAGCGAGCAGAUAAAUCAGCCUCAGGCAGAGAGGUGCAGGGGGAGGAAACCGCCAAGGUGAAAAGAAAGGCAGUGUCUGGGAAGCCGUAUGUAUCAUCAGGCUGUGUGUGUGAGGGAGAAAGGGAACCGCACGCCUGGUGAGGUGCUGGGGUGCCAGGAGCCCUCCGGGUGCGCCUGAGCCCCCUGAGCCAUUAGUGCUGUGAGGAGCACAACAUCCCAGAGGACAGGGAGGUUUUCCAGCUGAUCAGCAUGCUUCACCUUGCACUAAAACAAAAAAAAGAAAAAAUUUACCUCAGACAUCCCUGCCACACCGUAUUUACCGGCUCUCCAGGGCAAUUCUCUCGCAUUGCUGCAGAGGGGUAAAUUCAUCCAUGUUAUAACUCCAUUAAGGAGGUUAAUGGAAUUACUACAGGGAUUAAUCAGCCUAAUGUGUCAGUUGUUUUCCAGCUGCAGCAACAGCCCCCGAGAUCAGUGCUGAGAUCCUAUGCUAAUAGGUGCCUUAAGAAAGGAUGCCACGACUCCUCCACCAGGAUCGUAGCGCUGGACUGACUGCCCAGCAGCUGCAACAAGAAGCCACUGUUUUGGUAAAACCCAUCAAGUUAUGUGGGCUGGGUAGGAAUAUGUUGCUUCUCUUUAAUAAGCUGGGGAGUAUGCUGAUAAGCCGUGAAAAAUGUGUUUUCCUUCCUCCAAAAUGCUCUCAAUGCAUCCCAGAUAGAGGAGCGCACCUGCUCGUGUUCCUGCAUUUCUCACGAGCCACAGCAGAGGCACGCAGUCCUAUAGGCUUCGUAACCUUCCUUCACUGCUUCGCACUUGCAUACACGUCCAGAUCAAUAACAAACAAAGUCUGUUGUGAUGAGCAGAAUAACCAUGAAAAUAUACUGAAAAAAAAAACAAACCCUAGCUGGGUAAUUAAAACUUGUAGUAUAUAAGCCCUGCCACACUGUGUGUUCGCAUGAAUGCACCGUUGUUUCCAUGUGUAAUAUGCUGUAUUUUCACUAACAGUGAACAAUAAAAAGCGUUUUGACUUUUUA